AUGAAUGCACUCACUCAUUAUAUUAUACAUUGGGAAUAAGUUUUUUGGUGUAAUUAAUUUUUGAAAGUAUUUGAUGAAUGCUUUUAUAUUUAAUGUUUUUUUAAUUGUUUGUAUACAUAUUUGCAUGCAGAUAAGUAGGGAGAAAUAAAAAGAAAUAAAAGAAGGUAAUAGAAACAACAAUUAUAUUUAUAUUUGAUAAAUUAAUUAAGUGAGAAGAAAGGUAAAAAUUUAUCGUAUAUAUUUUUCGAAAGAAGGAAAGAGAAAGUGAUUGGAAAUAAAUAAUAAAUAAAUAAAAGAAACAAAUAAUCGCUAAUAAAUAAAAUCAAAUAAACAGGCAAACAUUUAAAUUAAAAAAUAUUAAGAGUAGAAAUGAAGAACCUUUUGAGAUCCGCUGUAUUCAAUUAAUUACUCGCUGGUAAUAGAAGCACUGCUGCUCCUUCUGCUGCCAGACACACUUGGACUUCCACUUAUAUUCAAAAGCCUGGUGCUGGCAAGAUCUAAACUGUUACUCUCAUUCCUGGAUACGGUAUUGGUCCUGAAAUUACCAACUCCGUCCAAUAAGUUUUCAAGGCUGCCAACGUUCCCAUUCACUUUGAUGUUAUAGAAAACUUCAGCUGGGAAGACCCUGUCACAAGAGAAAGACUUAAAAAGAAUAGAGUCAUCUUAUUGGGUGUCAUUCCUCCUCACGGCAAAGGUUAAAAGUUAGUCGAAAAUUUCUAAUUCUACAACGAAUUAGGUUUAUACGCUGAUGUUAUGCCAGCUGUCACCCUUCCUGGUGUCUCUGCUCGUCAUCAAAAUGUCGAUGUCGUAGUCAUCAGAGAAAACAGCGAAGGUGAAUUCACUGGUAUUGAACAUGAAGUCUACCCUGGUGUCAUUGAAUCCAUCAAGAGAAUCACCAAGGAAAGCUCUCUCAAAAUUGCCAAGUACGCUUUCGAAUUCGCUCACUUGAAUGGUCGUAAGAAAGUCACUGCUGUCCACAAGGCUAACAUCAUGAAAUUAGCUGAUGGUUUAUUCUUGGAAGCUACCCGUGAAGUUGCUGCUGUUUAUCCUUUCAUUAAGUACGAAGAAAUGAUUAUUGAUAACUGCUCUAUGCAAUUGGUUAAAACUCCUCAAUAAUUCGAUGUCAUGGUCUUACCUAACUUAUAUGGUGCUAUUGUUAGUAACAUUUGUGCUGGCAUUACUGGUGGUGUUGGUUUACACGCUGGUAUUUGUGUCGGUGAAAACCACGUUUUAUUCGCAUAAAGCAACAGACACGCUGGUUUAGAUAUUGCAGGUAUGAAUGUCGCUAACCCUACUGCUCUUCUCUUCUCCUCAGUUUCUAUGUUACAACAUAUGGGUUUCCCCUUCUUUGCUGAUAAAAUCAAUCGUGCUAUCAAUAAAACUCUCUGUGAUGGAAAGAUCCGCACUAGAGAUAUUGGUGGUACUUCUUCUACUAGUCAAUACACUGAAGCUAUUAUUAAGAAUCUUGAAAAUUGA